AUGGCAGAGAGAGAGAAUGGAAAGUUUCCCAGUCAACCGAUACCUAACCCAAAAGGAAAAUUUGCUCUUAGCAACCCAUCUAACUCUACCUAUAAGCGUGAGCAGGUUCAAUCCAUUGUAACCCUUAGGUCAAGAAAACAGGUUGACAACCAAGUAAGUAUGCCAAUAGAGAAGAGUUUAGGGGAGUCAGAGAAAGAAGAAAGGCAGAGUAGUCCCACCAAAGAUCAGGAAUCUAGUUCUCCUCGACCUCCAAAAGAACCCCAACUUAGGAGUUUCAUCCUUAAAGCUCCAUAUCCUGAACGACUAGUAGCCCCUAAGAAAGAUGUAGACCAUGGAGAUAUUCUAGAGGUAUUUAAGCAAGUGAGAAUCAAUGUUCCAUUCCUAGAUGCUAUUCGACAAGUGCCUUCAUAUGCCAAAUUUCUAAAAGACCUAGUCUCCAUAAAAAGGAAGGCUAGCACCCCUAAGGAAGUAAUAUUGACCGAACAAGUUAGCUCCAUUAUCCAACACAAAGUACCUGUCAAGUAUAAGGAUCCGAGGUGUCCUACAAUUUUGUGCACAAUAGGUUUGGGGGAGUUAAAACCCACUUCAGUAAGGCUUCAAUUGGCUGAUGGAUCCCUUAAAAUUCUUAAAGGCGUUAUUGAGGAUAUGUUAAUAAAAGUUGACAAAUUCUAUUUUCCAGUGGACUUAAUAGUCUUAGACACUCAACCUGUCCAAAACUCAAGGGGGCACAUUCCUGUCAUAUUAGGCCGUCCUUUUUUGGCCACGUCUAAUGCUCAAAUUAACUGUAGGAAUGGUGUGAUGAAGAUGUCAUUUGGUAACAUGAUUGUCGACCUUAAUAGUUUUGAUAUUGACAAACGGUCACCAUGUGAGGAUGAGGUGAAUGCAGUUUACAUGAUAGAUAGUCAUGAUAAAGAACACCUUACUCAAUCAAGCUAUGAGGAUCCUUUUGAAGCUUGUUUAUCUCACUUUAAUGACAAUAAUGAAGACUCUAUGAUUGAAUCUGUCAACAUUUUUUUAGAGUCUUUCAUAGAUAUUAGUAGGCGGAACUCGUGCUUUGUAGAGCCACCAUCUAAAGAAACUACCCCAAUUUUGUGGGAUGAACAAGAGUCCAAUUUUGAGAUAAAACCAUUGCCACCCGAUCCUAGUGUUGAAAUUGUGGGACCAACAGAAAUUAUGUCAACCGUCGUUACCCCAAAUAAUGAUCAAAUUGAAGAGGAAAAGAUAGUUGACGAGAAUGACCAAUGCAGUAAAGAAUUUGAGUGUGAUGUUGUCAUCAGAGCAGAACCCGUACUUUCUAGUUAUAGAAUUUUGUUAGAGGCACUUUUCUGCAAGCAAACAUUUCCCUGGUGUCACAUAGUUCAGUCUUAUCGCGCUUAUCAGGUGUAUCCUAUCCUUUCUCACUUUUAUGUUACAGUCUAUUUUGUAAGCUUUUGCAUUCAUGACAUUGAGGACACUGUCACAUUUAGGUUUGGGGGAGGGUUCACCUAUUAUUUAUGCAAUGAUGAGAGGCACCUACCUGGUUCGUAUCACCUAUGUUUGGAUAGCGAUUGA